AAUGUAGACACAGACGCGGUCGGGGCUCUUCGCUCGCCCGCAUUCAAGGAGUAAUCCGCUUUGUUUUCUUAAGGCGACAAAUUCCAACAAAAAUAAACAACUCCUCGACGGCAAACAUGAAAGUCUCCAGCAUAGACUGCCGGCGUCUGAGGAGGAUCAUCAGGAAGGAGUGCGGGAGCUGCCUUAUUGUGGACUGUCGACCCUAUUUCACAUUCACGAACUCCAGCAUCAUAGGCUCUGUCAAUGUGAACCUGAACUCAGUGGUGGUCCGGAGGUCCCGGGGAGGACCGGUGCCUCUGCAGUUCGUCAUCCCGGAUGAGAGAGCCCUGUACCGCCUCCGGGAAGGGAGCAUAUCGGCCAUCGUGGCUCUGGACGACCGGACGUCCCACUGGCAAAAACUAAAGAAGGACAGCGUAGCACAAAUAGUCAUAAACACCCUGUCACAUCUGGCGAGCGGGACCAGCAUCUGUUUUCUGAAAGGAGGAUACGAAAGCUUCCACUCUCAGUACCCUGAACUUUGCACUGAGGUGAAAACCACUGACCAGAACGGAACUGAAACUGAGAAGAGAGCCAACAGCCACAGCGAGAAGCUUUGUCACCACAAACCAGAUUACGAUCAGGGUAAACCUGUAGAGAUUUUGCCUUUCCUCUACCUCGGUAGUGCCUAUCAUGCUUCUAGACACGACUAUCUCAGUGACCUUCACAUCACGGCCUUGCUCAACGUGUCACGCAGGGACCUGCAGCCGGCCAAGGGCCACUAUGACUACAAGUGGAUCCCGGUGGAGGACAGCCACAUGGCCGACAUCAGUUCUCACUUCCAGGAGGCGAUAGAGUUCAUAGAUCAAAUAAAGCAAUCAGGAGGGAAGGUUCUGGUACACUGCGAGGCAGGCAUCUCACGCUCACCUACCAUCUGCAUGGCUUACAUCAUGAGGACCCAGCAGCUUCGGCUAGACGAAGCCUUCGACAUCAUCAAGCAGCGCAGGGCGGUCAUUUCUCCAAACUUCAGCUUUAUGGGCCAGCUGCUGCAGUUUGAGGCUGAGGUCCUGUCCAACGCCCUCGCUCUCGCUGUCACGCCUGAGCCGGCCACUCCCUGUGUUCCGGAGUCGGCCUCGUUUUUCGCCAGUGACUUCUCCGCCACCUUUAACACCAAAAACUUUGAGCCAUCCGUGUUCACCCUCCCUACCUCUUGCCUGCAGUCCCCGGUCCACCACCAGUUGAAACUGAGCCCAAUAACUGCACUGCCUUAAACUGAACUGUGACUGCAC